AUGAUGUACUACUCCGUACUCGAAUCCAAUAACAUGGCGGACCGCAAGACCAUGCCGAAAAUCUCGUUGCUGGGAUUAGAUCCGUUACAAAUGUUCGAUUCCUUUGGAAACUUCAAGCCUGUUCGGAAUUACCAAGACGAGAACAAGCGACUCUUUGAGUACGGCAGGGGUCUUCAAAUACCUUCGAGGCUCUUUGCGACGAUCAUACAACUCGAAUAUUUUUCACGGGUGACCAGACAAUCCCAUGAACGGUUAGAAAAGGACUUUAGAUCACUAAAAGAUCCCACCAAGGACGAAAUUCAAGUAUAUGAGAGCGACCUCGAGGAUAUCAAAGAGGUUACGUGGAACAUAGCACAGGCCUUAUACAAUACGGAAAGUAUGCUUCCCCAAAGACCGUUGAGAAAGAUAUAUGAUGAGAUCCGACAGAACCCUGCUUGGUAUCUUCGAAAAGAGCUUAUUCAGGCUUGGGUAUCGGGCACUGUACGACUGAGUGUUGGUGCUGUGAAGCUACUCGUGGUCAUCCAGUAA